AUGCUCAGCACCAAAUGUGUCUCUCGCGUGACACUACCCUCACGCCACACCCCGCGACUAUGUAGGAACAUAGCGACCAGAGCCCCGCGAUCUCAGGUUCGGGCCGCUGCACACCCAUACGCACAGCGGCGGCAGCAGCAUUUUGUACGCUCCAUUGCCACUGUCGGUGCUCUCUGGGCCACUGCCACUGCAUGGCAGUGGUGCAAUGGCGAGUCAAUCUUAAGAGACGCCCAUGCCGAGGAACCAGAGGCGAUAGAGGGCCCAGAGCUACAGUUUGAGGCCCCACGGCGGCAGGCCACUUCCAGCGACGACAAUCGCAACAUCAUCAGUUCCCAGCACCUCCAGGUCAUCAAGAGCUGGGAAAACCCCGGAGUGUACGCAUGGGGCUCAAACACAGGCAAAGUCGUCGCACCCGAUUCCGACGAAAAGUACAUCAAGACUCCACGGCGGCUAAGCUUCUUCGACGGCAAGCUGCUGAGGGAUAUCAAGCUAGACAAAAACUUUGGGGCUGCUAUAGACGAGAAGGGUGAUCUUUUGCAAUGGGGUACAGCAUUCGCGGAUGAUGUCAAGGAACCUGUGAAAACUUUGACAGGGCUGAAUUUGAAGUCGCUAGCCAUUUCCCGUGAUCGCAUCAUUGGCCUCUCGAACAACGGCUCUGUAUAUUCGAUUCCCGUAUCCCAGGUAGAGCAAAAGGAAGGACCCAAGCCCAAAUCCAAAUCCUGGAUUCCCUUCUGGGGCGGCUCCAACAACAUUUCGUACCGUGAACGCACGCCUGAAAAUCUGGGAUGGAGCGAGCGCGUGACAGACAUCUGUUCCGGCCUCGAGCACGCUCUCAUGCUCACCUCAUCCGGUCGCGUCUUCUCCUUUGCUUCGGGCUCCCAGAACUUUCCUAGCAAAGGCCAACUCGGCAUACCUGGACUGACAUGGGAGAACCGGCCGGCUGGUGCGUUUGACAUUCCCCACGAAAUUGCCACACUCAAAGGUUUUCCCAUCAAGAAGAUUGCGACUGGCGACUACCAUAGUCUGGUGUGCGACUCGGAGGGACGCGCUUUCACUUUUGGUGACAACACAGCUGGCCAACUUGGUUUCCCCUUCAAUGCAGAGGCACAAAACAUUGACGCGCCGUCUCUGCUCCCAACCCAAAAGUUCUACUCUGGACAGCAAGGCAAGGUAACCAAUGUGUUUGCUGGUGGUAACACAUCUUUCCUUGCCAUUGAAGCAACAAAGGGCAACCGGACGACAGCAGACACGUGGGCGUUUGGCUUUGGACUGACCGGUCAACUUGGCGUGGGCCGGUGGGUGCACACGCAGGCCGAACCAGUAAAGGUACCCGCCUUCUCCGGCCUCUUUGAAUGGGACGAAGCAAACAACAAGCCCAUCCCCAUCCGCCUCUCAACUAUUUCUGUCGGCGCCUCGCACGCAGCAGCCGUCCUAGACAACGUCGCCAGCGUCGCCGUAUCCGGCCGCAAGUCCAAACUCACCGAAAACGACACCAACUGGGGCCGCGACAUUUUGUUCUGGGGCAACAACGAAUACUACCAGAUUGGAUCGGGCAAGCGCAGUAAUCUUGCUACACCGGCGUAUAUUCAGCCGCUGGACCAGGCGGCGGAGCAGGAGAGAGCGGCGUCUGCUGCUGCUGGUAGUAGUAAUUUUGCAAAGCAGCUGAGAGAAAAGGAGAUGCAUCGGUUCCAAAUUACACCGAGGAACAAGGUUAAGCUCAAGGGCAGAACAGUUGAGUUUGAGCAAAAGGUCGAGUGUGGAAGGGGUUGUACGGCGGUUUAUUCUGCUUUGUAG